CUCAGUCCAGAAUACCAAAGUAGCUGGGUUUAUGACUUUUGGUGACUGCCACAGAUCGUACUACGUAUUUGAGCUGGCUCUCCUCGUAACAUACAUGAUGCUGGAGAACAAGAAUGCCGAUCUCAUAGAGGUCGGAGGUCACGUGAUAGCUGGAUACUUCAGCGUGAAGCCAUUGUCGGAUGAGGAGUUUGACUUGUUAAAGGUGUGCGUGGCGAGUAGGUACACGCAGUCUCUGGUCAUGGGCGAGUACACGUACACGCAGACUGACCCGGGAAACGAAUACCUGCUGACCACAGCGAAGGCGGGCUGGCCGCAGCUGAGGCGUCUGUGGUCAACGCCAAAGGAAGAGAUCAAAGCCACGUGGAAGGCGAUCAUGAACACAUACAAGUAGUCUGUGUUAGUAUGAGGACGCGUGAACAUGGGGCGACUGCUGACUGCUUGUGAAGUAAUCUGUGUUGGUGACGUAUGUGGCUGAUUGAUUAUUGAGUGUAGCAGCAACGGGCUGCGAUGCUUCAAAUCUAUACAAUGAAAAGGUUGAUAGAUGGCUAGAUACAUCCAGUAACAGUAGGAGUAUGAGAGAGAUAGAGAGAGAGAGAGAGAGAGAGAGAGAGAGAGAGA